AUGCGUAAAUGUCCAAAGUACAUUCACCCUCGAGCACCUGUCGGUGAAGUGAUCUUAAUUAAAUCAGAUAGGAAUGACGAUCACUACGCUGACAGCAAGAAAUCAUCGCAGAAGGUCAUUGACAAGGUACUGCUGCAGGCGGCACUGGUGUGGGACGAAGUAGCCGGUGCUCCGGCGAAGAGGAACGAUAUACUAGCCGGUACGGAAUUCCUGUCAGUCUUCAUAAACGGCGCCAUGGCCACGCCGCCCCAGCGACGCAGAGGUUUCAGGCGGGGCGGACAGGGGCAGACGGCAUCAUCGACUGCAGCGGCAGCCGGAGAUAGCGCGACAGCGGAAUCUCAUCAGCACGAGGCGUCGAUCUACCGAAUAUCGCGGAAUCCCGGCAACAGACAGGUCGUGCCAAGAGCGCGGAAUACAAACGGCCGAGAAGAGAUCGUUAGAUUCUACCCAAUCAGCCACAAAACGCUGGAGAACAGGCAGCAGAAUCUGGCGUCGUUGAUAGAUGAACUGAGCACUACUAGUGACAUCUCUUCAACGCGAUUGACGUCACAGAGCUCGAGUACCACGGUCACGUCUGUGACGACCCGAGAUAAGUCUUCAGCUAGGACAAACGCGACUAGCAUUUCAUCCAACAAAGGAGUUAGCAGACAGAAGGUGAUCGGAGUUAGCGUGACGUCCACCGUCGAAGCAACGCCGUAUAAAGUCAGGGUGGAGCACUACGACAACACUGACGCGUCCACUGUCAGCCGGCUAUCAAGCGCCACUAACAGUUCCUUUAAAGAAUCGACGAGAGAAUCAAACUACACCUCUAGCAGAGCACCGAUUACGAAAGUGUCGACAGCUACUUCGACGGUGAAACCAACGACGACAGCUGCAACGACAGCUACGCCCAGAACGACGACCACGGUGACACCACCACCUUCCAGUUUCGUCACAGAGGAUCUCAGUAAUAUCGUGUCCGAAUCGAACAGAAGCGAGUUCUCGGUGGACGAGGGAUCGCCAAGCACCAGCUGGCGGGCUCAGAGUUCAGUGACUCCGAGGCCAGUGAACAGGCACACGCCUGCUAUCACUGAACAUCGUUUAGAGACUAACAAUAGCUCUCAUAAUCCACCGGAGGACAUGAUCACCCUACCAACGGAGGAGAACUACGAGCUGCCAGAAGAAGACUCAGAGCCGAAGGAGUUCAACGAGGAGCCAAUGGAGGUUCAUUCGGAGCGUUACCAGGCUCAGGGACGGAAAGCUGGAAGACACUACGACGCGUCCCAUUACAACCGUCCAGGAACGAAAGUCUACAGUCAAUCAUCGAAGAACUACAAAUCAGCUCGUCCUUAUAGCGAGCCAGCGAAGGUGUACAGUGAGCCUGAGAAGGUAUAUGGAGAGCCAGCUAAAGUGUACGGUGAGCCAGCCAAGGUGUACAGUGAACCAGCUAAAGUCUACAGUGAACCAGCGAAGGUGUACAGCGAACCAGCGAAAGUCUACGGUGAGCCAGAAAAAGUGUACUCAGAGCCCUCUAGGGUCUACUCUGAACCAGCUAAAGUCUACUCCGAGCCAGCAAAAGUCUACUCGCAGCCCGCCAAAGUGUACAGUGAACCAAGCAGGGUUUACGACUCAGAGGGCCAACCGUUGAGUUACGAACGUGACGGGGAACCGGGUGAACAGAACUACGAGGUGGAUGAAUCUGUUAGUGUUAGCAGUAGCGGGAACGUUCACGGGCCCCAGCUGAUGCUGACAGAGCCCUCGAACGCGUCCGAGGUCGAGGAUGGACACAAAGUUGGGUACGUGGUCGAGGGCAGGAACUACAGAAAGUACAGGGUCGAAGAGAGAACCCCGGACGGUUUCAUUGUCGGUGAAUACGGGGUAGUUAGUCACGACGACGGUUCCUUGAGGGGUGUCCGGUACACCGCGGACGGCACCAUCAACCCACGGCUCAUUUAUGACGCGCUGAUGAAGUUUCUUGCCCUGUGA